AUGACUACACAGCUCGAGAGACUUCAAACAUUUACAACAUGGCCGCUAGGUUAUCCUGACCCUUUUAUACUCAGUAAACUUGGAUUUUAUUAUACGGGGAAAGCAGACCAGGUUCAGUGUUGCGAAUGCUCUCAAACAAUUGAAAAUUGGCACAGUAAAUCCAAUCCUUUAGUUGAACAUUAUAAAGUAAAUAAUGGGUGUGUAUUUGUUCAAAACUACAAGGAAACUUUAUUUAAUUUCAAAAUCUCAAAAAGCACUGCAAAUCUUUAUGCCAGUACAGAAAAAAGGGUAAGGUCCUAUAGCGUUAACAAUGUGCGUUUGCCGUCAUUUCUCAGUGUUGAGUCUUUAGCUCAUGCAGGGUUUUAUUAUGUUGGACCCGGCGAUAGGGUAAAAUGUCAUAGUUGUUCGGUUAUUUUAAUCGAAUGGGAAUCUAUAGAUAUCCCCAUAGCAGAACAUUAUCGUUGGUCUCCAGACUGUGACUAUAUC